CGAAUUUACGUAAACAUCUAACGAAGAAGUAAAAUGCGGAAGCUGGCAAGUCGUAAACAGUCAGCCAGUCACAAUCCAUAUUAUCGUACUCAUUAUUUCGUUCGGCUUUUUUUCGAUGCUCAUUUUCGUCAUAUGACAGAGUAAUCAUCAUUCAUUCAGAAUAAAUCUGUCUUUUUACUAUGGAGCUCUCGAGUUAGCUUAGCUCCGUAGCUACCAACAAAGCGGCGCGUGUGUUAGCGAUGUCUUGCUAAAUCAGAGCGCAAAUGUGAAUGUAAACCGUUGUGAUUAUCGUGUGCAAGAAUGAUAGAGUACUAGGAGGCAAAAGAGGAGAACGAGUGACAACGUCAACGACUGGACGCAGUUUUCAUGACGCACAGAGCAGCUAUCAGGGAAGAAGACCUUAAUGCUGAGCAGCAACAGCGGCACUCGAGCGUGGAAGAGGAGGAACCAGAACUCCCUCAUGUUAAAGAGGAAGAGGAGGAGGCUGAUAUCAGCAGGUUUCCAGUGAUCCAUGUCAUUGUGAAGAGUGAGGAUGAUGAAGACGAGCCUCACUCUUCACAGCUUCAUCACAGUCAAAGUGAGAAGAGACGAUCCCAAGCAGACAGCCACUUAGCUCCAUCAUCAGUGAGCGACGACACUUCGUCACGCUCUCCUGACGCUGACGAUGAACACUCUAAAGGUGAUACGAUAUGUCAUACUGACAACAAACACUUGACAUGUUCUCAGUGUGAUAAGACUUUCAUCAACAAGUCAACAUUGGAAAGACACAUGAGAUGUCACACAGGAGAGAAACCUUUCAUGUGCUCACUUUGCGGUAAAGGUUUCACACAGAAAGGAAGCCUGACAACGCACACAAGGACACACACCGGAGAAAAAACACAUUCCUGCUCGGUCUGCGACAGAAGUUUUAACGAUAGUUCAGCUUUGGCUCGACACAUGACAACACACACUGGGGAGAAACCUUUUACCUGCUUGUUCUGUGCUAAAAGGUUCUCUAUAAAGGGGAAUUUUGUAGCACACACAAGGACACACACUGGAGAGAAGCCAUAUUCCUGCUCGGUCUGCAACGCAAGUUUUCGUGUUCGUUCAGGUUUGGUUCAACACAUGAGAACGCACACUGGGGAGAAACCUUUCGCCUGCUCAGUUUGCGGUCAAAGAUUCUCACAAAAGGCGACUUUGAGAGAACACAUGAGAUCACACAGCGGAGAAAAACCUUUUUCAUGUUCAGUCUGCAGCACAAGUUUUAGUUACCAUACGUCAUUCAUUCAGCACAUGAAAAAACACUCUAAUGAGAGUGUUUAGCUAUAGUGUGUCUGAUUAAAAACUUCUAGGACUGAUUUAUAACGUUGAACCCAGAGGAUGCAUUUACAUUGUGUGUGGUUUGCUAUAAUGAUAUGCUGUUAAGCCCGGUACACACCUAAAGACAAUCAGUCUGUUUUUGUGCCGAUUUUUGCCCCUUUCCAACCGAGCACGGGAAAUGCCAGAUAAUUUCAUGUCUUCAAGAUUAUCCUAUAAAAUUGUCCUUGAGUAUGA